AACAGAAGUGUGAUUGGGGGGAACUUUGGGGUGCCACAGGUAGAAGUCUUAAAAGAGCAUGUAAUGAUGCCCAAGAAGUGCUUUUAACAAUGGAGAGAUCAGUUAAGCAGAUGGUAGAAAGGAAGAUCUUCCUCCCUGCCCUCUUGGUAAUUGUGCGAUGGGUCACAUUGUGCAGUCAUCCUGUGUUCUAGAAUGCCCGGGAGAGGUGGUGACUGGAGAGACCACCUCCUCCAGAACAGAGAGCAGUUGAUUAUUUAAAAAAAAAAAAAAAAAAAAAAGUAGUAAUAUUGCUCCGACAGUGACCUGACCACUAAUUCAGAUCCACAAUCAAGAUCAUUGAGAUAGCAUUUCACUCCAGAUGAAUUCUGAGCCUAGUUCUUCACAAUCAGAUCGACUUGUCAAAGAUAUCACGUCAAAUGUUUCCUCAUCUCCCCCUAGUGAAGGAAGAGGUUCUAAAGGCUCAGCAGACAGGAGGCAAUUAGAUGGCCCGGAGCACGACAUAGAAACAGCUCAUGGCGUGGUACAUGUCACCAUGCGAGGCUCACCAAAAGGGAACAGACCAGUUAUUCUUACUUAUCAUGACAUUGGCCUAAACCAUAAGUCCUGUUUUAAUGCAUUCUUUAACUUUGAAGACAUGCAAGAGAUCACCCAGCACUUUGCUGUAUGCCAUGUGGAUGCCCCAGGCCAGCAGGAAAGUGCACCCCCUUUUCCAACAGGGUACCAGUACCCUACCAUGGAUGAGCUGGCUGAAAUGCUACCUGCUGUCUUAACUCAUUUAAGCUUGAAAGGUAUCAUUGGAAUUGGAGUUGGAGCUGGUGCUUAUAUCCUCAGCAGGUUUGCUCUUAAUCAUCCAGAACUUGUGGAAGGCCUCAUGCUUAUCAAUGUUGACCCCUGCGCUAAAGGUUGGAUUGACUGGGCAGCUUCCAAGUUCUCAGGUUGGACAACUAACAUUGUAGACAUUAUUUUGGCUCACCACUUUGGACAGGAAGAGUUGCAAGCCAAUCUGGACCUGAUCCAAACAUAUCGACUCCACAUUGCUCAAGAUAUCAACCAAGAUAAUCUACAACUGUUCCUGGGUUCAUAUAAUAGUCGCAGAGAUCUGGAGAUUGAAAGGCCCAUACUGGGCAAUAAUGACAACAGAACAAAAACUCUGAAGUGUCCUACAUUACUGGUGGUAGGAGACAGCUCACCUGCAGUUGAAGCUGUGGUUGAAUGCAAUGCUCGCCUGGACCCUAUGAACACAACUCUACUAAAGAUGGCAGAUUGUGGAGGGUUACCCCAAGUGGUUCAGCCUGGGAAGCUGACCGAAGCCUUCAAAUACUUUGUGCAGGGAAUGGGCUAUAUCCCGUAUGUGCAGCUCAGCCACCUGAGCACCGAGUCAGUACCAGCAGCUAGUAUGACGCGGCUCCUUCGAUCACGCACCCACUCCACAUCCAGCAUAGGCUCUGGAGAAAGUGUCUACAGCCGGUCUCUCACCAGCACGCAGUCAGAUGGAACUCCAGGAGCCCUGGAGCCAGCCGAUGUCCUGGACAGGCCACAGACCAUGGAGGUGUCCUGCUAAGCAGAUGCGCCUCUUCUGAACCCAUCCAAGUCCUCCCCCAACUGACUAGCCCCAUAAUAUAGCAUUUCAUCCAGCAAACUGGCAUUUACUGUCCUCACUCAUGCAUGGCCACUGUAACCUCAUUAACCUGAAUUGAUGGUUCUUUUUACUUUUUUGUACCUCCCCAGUGACUCCCUUCCCCCCCCCCCCCCC